AUGACGGAUGAAGCAACGACAAAUGUGCUUGUUACCAUUACCAACCCAAAGGCAAAUCAAAUACUUAUUCCAAGCCAACAGCUUAUUUUCCAAUAUACCGUCAAUGGUGCAUCUUCAAAUGGAACCAGUCGCCCUAAUCCUGCUCCCAACUAUCCAUCCUCUCUCGACGUCUAUUUCAAAUGGACACAGAACAGCCAAAAUAUUCAACUUAAAGCUGCUAGUGGUUUGGCAACCGAUGUGGUGGCAGGUGGAAGUAGUAAACUAUACAACCACCGCUGGAAGCUCCCUAAUUGCCGUUUCUUCAGACGCUACAUGCCAUCUGAAUGGUCGUAUAGUUUAGUAUUUGAUCCACAAUACCCGGAUCCAGCAGCCAAUAACAUGUCUAAACCGGUGCACACUCCUCUUGUACCUUUAGGCCCUAAACAAUCCCAGAUCACUAUCCCAAUUUCUAUCCUGUUCAAUGCAACAGCCAUGGCAGAUUCCCAUCAUAAAGGAUGUUAG